CGGCAAUUUGAUUUGUAAGGUGUAACGGCGUGAAUUAGGAAAUGCGCCGUUGAAGACGCGCCAAAGACUUGACUUCAAGUGAACGCCAUGAGAGACCACCGGGAUAACCGCAAUAACUACAGGCCUGAGCCGGAGCAAGGAUAUGGUUAUCCGCCGCUGAGGGAAGAUUAUACAGGACAUCCAGGACCCGGCAGAGACAGAAGGGACAGGGACCGGGAAUAUGAUCGCGAGCGUGAACGUGGAGACCGCGAGAGGGACCGCCGCCGUGAUCGCAGCCGCGACCGGCGCCGGUCCCGAAGCCGCUCGGGCUCUCCCCCAGUCAAGCAGGGUCGCCGGAGGCCCACACUCUUUGACGUGCUUCCCCCAGGCAUGGCCCCCGGCGCACCACCUCCCCCGGCAGUUUUGCCUGGAGCCCAGCCCAACCUUGCAGCGGCAGCGGCCUUCGCAGCGCCGCCCCCCUCUUUAGCCCCCCUUAUGGUGGGAGUUGGUUCCCAUGGCGGCCUGGGUGGUGGUGGUGGCGGUGGUGGUGGCGGUGGCGGAGGCUUCGGUGGUGGUGGAGGUUUCGGUGGUGGCGGCGGCGGAGGCGGUGGUGGUGGUGGCGGAGGUGGAGGCGGUGGUUUUGGUGCCGCUGCGGGUCCACCCGCUGUGAGUCAGCAGGCCACCCGCCACGCCCGGCGCAUCUACGUGGGCGGACUGCCCCCCACUGCCACGGAGCAGUCCAUUAGCUCCUUCUUUAGCCAUGCACUGGCGGCCAUCGGCGGCAACACGGCAGGGCCAGGUGGCUUUCCCUUUCACUCCACAUCCAUUACUUCGCCUCAAUCGAUCCGUUCUUCAAUACUUCGAGAGUUCAUCGAGGAGACUUCCAAUGCCAUGGCCCUGGACGGCAUCAUGUUCGAGGGCGUGUCGGUGCGUGUGCGGCGGCCCAACGACUACAACCCCGCCGCAGCUGCCUCCCUGGGGCCCUCCACCCCCAACCCCAACCUCAACCUGGCUGCUAUCGGACUAUCCAAUGCAGCAGGCGGAGGCGCCGACCAGGCGGAUCGCAUCUUCGUGGGCGGCUUGCCGUACUACCUGACGGAGGAGCAGUGUCGUGAGCUGUUGGGAUCCUUCGGCCCCAUCAAGUCGUUUGACCUGGUCAAAGACAGGGAAACGGGGAACAGCAAGGGGUACGGCUUCGUUGUGUAUCAGGACUCUGCCGUCACCGACAUCGCAUGCGCGGGUCUUAACGGUCUCCGAAUGGGCGACCGGACUCUCACAGUGCGGCGGGCUACGGAGGGCGCUCCCUCAGCUUCCGGUGCCGGUGCCGCCGCGAGCACCGCCCUGGGGCCCCCGGGCCUGGUGCCCGCCGCCCUGGCCAACCUGGGUGUCGGUGUGGGGGUAGGUGUGGGGCUCAACCCGCUGGUUUCGGCGGAGGAGAUCGUGGACAACACCGAGUACGAGGACAUCCUGGCGGAUAUGAAGGACGAGGCCUCGCGCCACGGGCUGUGCAACAAUGUGCUCAUUCCGAGACCAACUGCGGAAAACCCCAACCCGCCGGGCAUGUGCAAGGUUAUAAUGGAGUUCAACGACGUCAACUCCGCAGUCAAGGCCCGCAACGCCAUGCACGGACGGCGAUUCGCGGGACGUGUCGUCAACGCCACCUACCUCACGGAGGAGGCCUAUUUCUCAGGCCGGUACGACGGGUGA